CACUGUGAGGAUAAAAGCUAAAGAGAUACUUUGUUAUUUACAAUGUGAUAAUAGUUUAACACUCGAUAAUUGAUUUAAAAUAUAACUACGAUGAAGCAAAAGAGCAUUCUUGUUUUGCUUGUUUAUUUUUUCAAUAUCCUUCAUUGUUCACGAGGUCUUGUGUUGGAUGCAGAACCAACUAUUGAAGGCCUGGAUAAUAGACUGACUAAGAUUGAAGCGGAAAAUGUUGCUCUGAGAAAGCUAGUAGAUGACCUGCAAAACUGUGCUUCGGAUAUCUGUGAAAUCCACUGGCGCAUGUGGUCAGAAUGGACGACGUGGUCGCACUGUACUGGACAAUGUCAGGGCGGCUACAAUACGAGACACCAAAGCAGGUCAAGAAUCAGGGCGUGUAAUGUAGACGACCCACAGAGUCAACUUUGCCAAGGAGACAAGAGUCAACAGGAAACACGACCAUGUAGUGCUGUGGAACUACACGGAUGUCUAAAUGAGAGAACAACAAAUGUAUCUGGAGACAACGUCUAUGGCGUUGUGUAUAAUUUCAUGGAUGAAAUGGCGAUGGCAACAUGCGCUGCAAUUGUGAACACGUCCUACGUAAUUGCCGCCGUGCGAAGGAAUUGCUACAGCAAUCACGCACCUUUAUGUACCGAUAUUUGCCAGAAUUUGCCCAACACCGAUCCAACACACAGCUACUCGUGCUUCGAGACUCUUCACGUGACAUUACCUACUACACUGCUUCAUCCCGGACCGACAGAUGUAGACGAGGGGCGACUGGGCCUCAGCAUCAAGAGAUAUAACACUUGCACUUACGGGCACGCUGGACACUGCGGGCCCAACUAUUGUUGUUGUGAAAGGAUUGGAUAAAUCAUGAAUUAAGGCUGGUUAUUGUGAGGCCAAUUUGAAGUAGUUGUUAAACAUAUGGUUUGAUGAUAGUAUGCGUUUCCAAAAUGGAAGAAAUGACAUGUUAAUUACGAAAAACAUAAUGUUACAGCAUUUGUCUGUAUAUUUGGUCAGGUGCAACCGUAUAUUUGUAUAGAGUUUUUUUCUUAACGAACACUUUAUUUGUCUGUUGCACAGCUUCAUAUAAUAAUAACAGCUUUAUCUUUUCUACUUGUCUAAAAUGAAGCAAUUAGAUGGGAACACAAUGUCAUUGUCACGUGUUUGAUUGCUGAACUAAAUCUAGAUGGUAAUAAACAAGAUUUCAAAGGUA